AUGAAAAUGAGUGGAGAAAAAAAAGAAAAGAAAUCGGCGCCGAAGGAAGAACUGACGCUUUGGGUGUCUACGGCCGCCGUAACCUGCCCGCCGUCACGGAGAACCCCCACCGUCUGGUUGCUUUCACCAUAGUCAAAUAAUGGCCUCGAAAUUUCCAAAGGUCCAGGGAGGCGGCUCCUUGAUUAUUGCUUGGCAAGUAAAACAGAAGAAUGUCUUGGUAGUUGGUGGUGGUGAGGUAGCUGCCGGACGGAUUCUCCACGCCCUCAAUGCGGAUGCCAAUGUUACGGUUGUUUGUCCAUCUUCAGGGCUAAAUGAGGAAGUUGCCUAUCGAGUCUCGGAAGGUCAAGUAGUCCAUAUCGAUCGGAAUUUCGAGCACUCCGAUCUAGAAGGGGCCGACAUGGUCCUAUGUGCUAUAGACGACCCAGAAGCCUCAACCCGCGUUUGGAAACUUUGCAAAGAAAAGCGAAUACCGGCGAACAUAGCCGAUGUGCCUCCAGAGUGUGACUUCUACUUUGGCAGCGUGCACCGGGAUGGUCCGCUACAAGUUAUGGUCAGUACAAAUGGGAACGGACCGAAGCUUGCAAGUAUUGUUCGAAAGAAAAUUGCAGAUACCUUACCCGAUAACAUGGGUGUUGCCAUUCAGAACGUCGGAAAACUGCGGCAGAAGCUAAGGGAGGUGGCCCCUAGCCCACAGGAAGGUCCUAAACGGAUGAAAUGGAUGUCCGGUGUUUGUGAAUCAUGGGAUCUCGAGGACUUGGUUCAAAUGAAUGAGGGAGAGAUGACUGCUCUACUUACUCAUUAUAAGUCUGGCGGUAUUCCAACUCUUGCCGAGGUCCGAUCUAGCCUUCCAGCUUGAAGGUUGGCUGUUGGCUUCAAUGUUGUAUUGGAAAUUCUAAAGGUUCGGAAGAUUGUGUAUAUGCCUAAGUCCUAUUACUGGAGAACACAGGGGUCGAUUCAAGGAAAAUAAAUAGACAACGUUCCGGUAUGGCUAAUUUUACACUCAAUAGUCUUGAGACGUAGGAAGAAAACCUCUCUCAGAGAGGGACAAGGAUAUCCAAAAAGAAACGAUAUAGAACAACGACGAAGAAAGCCAGGUACAAAAACCGUCUAGAGUGAGAAUGCGAGACUUAAAA